AUGGAUUCGAUAAUUUGUAUGGUGUGCUUAUGGGGAAUCGCCUGUGCGAUAGUCACAACAUCAGUGAACAUAAAAUUGAUAACUGGAAUCAUGUCAAAUAAAUCUAAGAAAAACGACGAAAUGCGAUUGUUCUACUGCCGAUUUAUCAUCGAUAUAUGUUUUGGGAUCAGUUUAUUCACUUCCGUCCUGAUUACAUUGCUCUCUAUAAGAGCUCCAGACCUGAUUCAAGAUUAUCGUUCGAUCAUCAUUUUUCAUUCUCUUCCCUGGUCUAAUUUAGCUGCCUGCCGAUCUACAAUCGCCUUGUCUAUAACGGCCGAUCGAGUUCUAGCCGCAUAUUUUCCAAUCGCCUACCGUACUGGAAAAUUUAUGAUUCCCGCGUGGCUUAUUAUAACGUCUUCAAUUGCAUUCGCACUAUCCGAAGUAAUCGUGCUCUUUGGAUGUUGCUCAUAUGAUUUUGUAGUUCCUGUAAACUGUAAAGUUUUUGGAUGCGCCGUCAAUAAAUGUUUUUACAGUUUUUGGACGAUUCACAAAUCUGUAAUUGGUCCAUAUAUUGCUGUAGCAAAAAUCACCGGAUGCGCAAUUGAAGCAAUUAUAGUAGCUGUAUUUUUGAUUGCGAAAAAACCAAAGCAGCUAAAAAGCAUUACAGUAAAUGGCAGGAAAGUGACAGUUGUGAAUCAUUCUACAAAACAAACAACUUCGACUUUUCAUAAAUGA